CCUGUGGAGGGCAGUAAUACGCUUAGCAGCGUCUACACUGCCGGAAUCCCACAAUAACAUGAAGAAGAAUCACGUGACUUCGUGGCCUCGACAGUCUAGCUACUCUGUUGUAAUGAGGUGGACACGAAUACAUAUUUAGUUCAAUUAUAUUUUAGAAACAGCUAUGGAUAUAACGCUGUACCUUAUAGCUGCUGCCGUCCUCAGUGUCCUCAUUUUGUUUGCGUUGAAGUUACGGAGGAAAACACAGGAAAUUGAUGAGGAGCAGCGGAGGGAUGUUGUCCAGGCAGUGGGGCCCCCUCAGCGGGCAGCCGAGGAGCGAGGCGCCGGUAUGCCUCGCAGGAGGAGGAACCUCGCAGCGGUGAUGGCUAACAGAAGACCACAGAGAGAAGCUGUGGAACAGGAGGAGGAGCAUUUGGAGGAAGAAGAAGGGGAGCAGCAGAACUUUCAGACUGUGAAAGUUGGAGCCAAGAAGCAGAAGAAGCUGGAGGAGAAACAGGCCAAGAAAGUUCAGAGAGAGGCAGAGAUGGAGGAGAGGGAGGAGAGGAAAAGGAUGCAAGAGCUCAGAGAGCAGGAGAGACGUCAGGAGGAAGAGAGAGAACGACACCUGGAACAGAAACAGGAGGAGGAGGAGCGUCAAGCUAAAGAGGAGCAAGAAAGACGAGAGGAGGAGGAGUACUUAAGACUUAGAGCGUCCUUCAUCAUAGAAGACCAGGGAGAAGAGGAGCAGCUCACGGAGGACCAGUCACGCAACCUCCUGCAAGAAUUCAUACAGUACAUUGAGAGCUCGAAGGUGGUUCUCCUGGAGGACUUGGCUUCUCAUUUUGGGAUGAGGACACAGGAUGCUAUUGGCAGACUGCAGGACCUGUUAGCUGAAGGCUCCCUCACAGGAGUGAUAGAUGACAGAGGGAAGUUUAUCUCCAUCACUCCAGAAGAGCUGAACUCAGUGGCUAAUUUCAUGAAACAGCGAGGCAGAGUGUCCAUCACAGAGCUGGCUCAGGCCAGUAACUCUCUGAUCAACCUGACGCCCGAGACCCGCAGCACCGCCUGAUGGACACCUUACUACUGCAGGACACCUGGAAGUGAGACUGCUGAAAUCUGUGGAAAGAUUGCGCUCACUUGCUGGCAAAAAGCACAUUCUGAUUAUUCUGGACUGUUCAUCGGCUAGAAACUGCUGUUUGGUGCCCGGUGUUCUUUUAUUCAGGGCUCAGUAGGUGUCACACUUCAUAUAGAUUUAGACUUGUUAGAUUUACCUUAAAUUUGAAAUUAACAAACAGUAACUGCUGUGUAUGACAUUAA